AUGUGCUCUGCCAGCCUUGAAGGACAUCCAAAUCUAAGAUCAUCAAGUAUGGAGAAUGCGUACGAGGAAUCUCGGACCACAUCGACGCCGUCUCCUGCUUCGCCGCCUCUACUAUUGGCUCCCUUGAUUCCAACGUUGAAGGUCACCGAACCAGAGUCACCACAGCUAAAGCCAGCACUGACAGACAGCCCAAAAACAGCUAGCGAGACCAGCCUUAGCACGCAUCGAAGUAGCGCUUCGAUGCCCUUCUUAUCCUCGAUGACAAAGAACAAGCUGACUCAGACUUUCAAACUGGAAGAAGAUGCCGUUCAGCCAAUUAACGGGUACGAGGAGUUGGUUGAUCUUUUCGACGGGAAGGAAUCGGUGAUCGUGCUGGACGUUCGUCCCUACUCAUUUUAUCUGACAAGUCGACUGAAAGGUGCGUUGAACAUCUGUGUCCCAACGACUCUCUUGAAAAGGAAAACGUUUACCAUGCAAAGUGUCAUCUCUACAAUGUCUCAACAGCACAAGGAAGUCAUGCAGUCGAAACUGCUUGAUUGCUCGAUAUCAAGUCUGGACAUCAUAAUAUAUGACGAGUCUUCUAGCCUGGAUAGUUGCUCGUUCCAUCUUUAUGAGACGAUCAAGAAGUUUCUGCAAGAAAAUUCCAAAACUGCCACAGAUGAGUCUGCUAAACAUUUCAACUUGUUCAUCCUGCAGAACGGGUUUUCUGAAUUCCAGAAUCGCUACAAAUUGUUCGAUCCCCUGCACUUGAUCGAUACGACGCCAGUUCUUUUAUCACCUUCAAGCCCAUUAUCUCAAAACUCCCAACUCACAUCUCCCAGUGUUUCGCCUGAAACAGCAGCAACUACAACCGCAGCUGGUUUAGGGCGCAUAUCCACAAAACACACUUCUAUUCCCGCCCCUUUAUCUGGAUUCUCUUUACCUCCUAACCGUUUCUCCGGCAUCGUAGAUGAAUCUCUUCUGAAGAAACAAUCAGCUUCGAACCUGCAAAGUGAGAACGAAGAUGAUUUAGACCAAGGCGAAUUAGUAGUCCCAGAGCAUAUAAGGGACGUGCCGGUUUGGUUGCUACCUUUCACAGACAAAAUUAGGGGUUACAAAUUGGCCAAAAAGAGGUUUGUUAAAAUUGAGAAGAUUGAAAACAGACGUCUUAGAAACCUGAUUAGCAAUACCCUCAAUCAGAAAACUCAGCAUUUCCAGCAACAAAACGCCAUUUCACAUAACCACAAGCAUUUUACUAAUGGCUCGGACGACGAAUUGAACACUCCUGCUGGAUCAUGUAACAUUUGCGACAAGAUCGACUACUCUUUGCCUUCUGAAGGCCUAGAGAACGGGAUAAAGAAUCGGUACUCCAAUAUCUGGCCUUAUGAGCAUUCCAGAGUCAAGCUAUCCCAUUCGCAAUCCGUUUCGCAUUUGGAAAAGAGCAAUGAAUAUUUCAACGCUAGCUAUGUCACUGUUCCUCUCAUUUCUUCCAAGAGGUAUAUUGCCACGCAGGAACCGUUAGAGACGACCUUGCAAGACUUCUGGAGAUGUUGCUUGAACAAUAAAGUCCCUAUGAUUAUUUGUUUGACAUCUUCUGGUCUUGAAAAUGGCGUUCCAAAUAGCGUUCCAAAGUAUUACCACACCCAGCAUUUCAAAGACUCCAAUAUAUCGGUAACUUUACUGAAAGAGGAGAAAAAUGACGACUGUUCCUCUAUCGUCCGUACAAUUCAGGUCAGUAAGGAAGACAAGGUUCAUACAGUCACCCAGAUUGAGUUUCAGGACUGGCCUGAUUUCGGUAUCCCACCAUCAGCAUUGUCUAUCUUAAAACUGAUAGAUUUGAAGAACCGAUUACUGCAGGAUAAAAAUUUAAGUACUACUUCGGACAAAGAUUCAACCAUAAUGGUCCAUUGCUCAGCCGGGUGUGGAAGGACUGGAACAUUUAUAACGAUUGAUUUGCUUUUGGACUCAUUGAACCGAACGUUGGAAGAUGAUGCUGUUUUGGCUUCUCCUGGAUGUGGUUUGACAACACAUUCGCCGUUUUCACAAUUGAGCCAGAAGUUAUUCUACGAUAAGACAGCUGAACAAGCUGAUAUCGAGGAUAAAGCAGCAAGUGCCAAAGACCUUCAAAGAUUUCAUCACCACAAUUCCAUUUUGAACUUCUACAAGUCGGAUCUGGAUCUUGUUUACAAGACAGUGAACGAACUACGAAGACUCAGGGUAUCAAUGGUACAGAAUUUGAGUCAAUAUAUCAUAUGUUACGAGGCUGUACUGAAAUAUUUGGAACUCAAAGAAUCAGAUCAUCAACAUAACAAAUAG